AUGCGUUCCGAAAUUCAAGCAGCCAUCACCCAUCUUUGCACACUUUUAUCAACAAAACUUGACGGUGAACAAACACAAACGUUUUGCGUUACAUUACAUACCCGUCUUGAACAAAGAUAUUCCUCCAAUUGGUUUGUUCAUGAUGGAGAACGUGGCUCGGCCAAUAGAGUCUUGCUUUGGCAUGCUCAUGGUGGCGGUGAAGGUUUGGAUGGUGAUAUCACAUUUGCAUUGAGCAAAGCUUCAUCUUUGCGUUCUUUUGAGGAUGCCUUUACUUCUUCCUUCACCCUUUGGAUCGAUCCUGGUUGCGUCGCUAUCAGACUUGGCCAAGGUCCAGGAACAUUUGUUGGAGCAAAUCAUGUUCCAUCAUCAAGCUCGGUCAAGACACUUUAUGGUACAUUGCCAACAAGUGCUUUGCCAACAAUUCAAGCCAUGACACCUGCACCACCAAAGUUGGCACUCUUACCUUCUACACCUGCUUUGGAUACCAACGAAGCCGACACAACGGCCACCUUCGAAAAUCAACGAACGUCCAAGCUUUCAUUAACAAACAGUUUACUUCACUACCGUCAACCUUCAUGGUCAUCCGCCAGUCAUAGUGAACAUUUGCUUGACGGUCAUCGUACUGCAAGUAGCGGAAGCGAAGGUGAAGGUAGCGAAGCAUGCCCAAGCUUGGUCGCUGCUUCUUCUACGCGCGGCGAUAGUGAUAGCGAAUUGUUUGACGAAGGUGAUGAAGAUGACGAUACCGAUAGCGAAUUAUCAAUUCAAGAUAUGAUUGACCGUGGAGGAUUCAAAAACUUCGACAUCAUUGACGAUGAUGAAGAUGAAGAAGUUGGAGAUGAAACUGUUCAACAUAUCACCGUGACAAAGAAUGCCACCUCAAACAAAAGCCCCACUAAAGCCAUCAGUGUAACAAGUUAUGAUGGCGGCAAUGUUGGCGUCUUGGGUGGUGGAGUCCGAUUGGGAGCCAGCAAACCAUCCGCACCUUUACAACAUAAGACCAGCACACAAGCUUUACGUGCAAAGCAAGCAGCUGCACCUGUUUGGCAUCCAUCUCAACAAUUGACAAACAGUCAAUCACCAGCACUGUCACCUUCUAACAUGCCUCACGGUAAUGCAGCAGCAUGGUCACCUUAUUCGCCCAAUUCGGGUUUGUACAGUCCUUCUAUCAACACAAGCGGUUGCCCUUCACCACAAUACGUCAUCGUUGACGGAGUUGCCGUUCCGAUUGCCACGAAACGUGGUCGUGCCCGUGGCAGACGCAGUCGUGGUCGCGGAGCAGGAAGAGCUGCUCGUCGUCAAGCAGCAGCAGCCGCAAUGAAAUCCCAAGAAGAAUUGUAUGGUUGGAGUCCAUUAGAUGAAGAAUCUUCUGCUUCUUCUGCUUUAGGGAUCACUUUGAACCCAAGCACAAGCGUACCUGAUCUUGAGUCAGAAGAACGUUUGAUGGCAAUGGUUCGUCAACGUGCGGAUCAAGUAGCCAAAGAUUUGGUUCGUCGUCAUUUAGAACAACAAAAGCAACAGCAGCAACAACAACAUUAUACCCCACGUCAAUCAGCCACUCCCACUUUGACUGCAAAUCAACAACCUUAUUAUCAUCAUCAUCAACCACAAGCAUUUUUACCUGCACACAUGAUGUCGCAUAUGCAACCUCAACGUCAUCAAAUGACAAACUAUUCACCAGUCUCUCACAACGCUCAGUGGAUUCACUGA